CUCCUUUCCAAAUUGUAAACCUUAAAAUCAGAUUCCGACAAUCCCAAGUUGCUUUUCACUCAGUCUUCUUCUUCGAUUCUGUCUUUUUCAAGAAUUUCGAAGCACGUUUUCUUGUCUUCUUUUGAUCUCUUACAAUUUGUUAGAACAAUGGGUGCUUCAGGGAAGUGGAUUAAAUCAGUGAUCGGUCUCAGGAAGGCCUCUGUGAAUGAACCUGAAAAAGUGGGUGGUAAGAGCAAGAAAUGGAGGCUAUGGAGGAGUGCAUCUGGGGGGAUAUCCAUGGCAGCGAAGGGCGGAAAAGGCUGCGGUUAUGCGACGGAGACGGAAGGAUCGGAGUCUUCUUCAUGCAUUCACGACGGGGAAAUGGCGGCUGCUGUUGCUGCUCUGGCUAAAGCUUCACCGAAAGAUUUUAUGAUGGUCCGUCGAGAAUGGGCCGCUGUUCGAAUUCAGACCAUUUUUCGAGCUUUUCUGGCAAGACGAGCUUUACGGGCCUUGAAGGCAUUGGUUAGACUCCAAGCUAUAGUGCGGGGACGGCUGGUUAGAAAGCAAGCUGCUGUGACAUUGAAGUGCAUGGAGGCUCUCGCUCGAGUUCAAGCCCGAGUGAUUGCUCAAUGCGCUCAAUCAUCUGCAAAAAGGCAGCCAGAGAACGAUACUGCAUUUGAUCCUGUAAAGCAAGCUGAGAAUGGAUGGUGCGAUAUUCAUGGGACGGUGGAAGAAGUGCGGUCUAAGUUACAAAUGAAGAAGGAAGGAGCUAUCAAGAGGGAGAGGGCACUUGCAUAUGCCCUUUCUCAACAGCAGUUAAGAAAAAACGACGUUUCUUGUUCAAAAUCAAACAAGAAUAUGGCACCUAGUAAGGUGGAUAUGAGCAGCUCAGGACUUGACUGGUUGGACCGUUGGAUGGCGGCCAAGCCAUGGGAAACAAAGUCGAUGGAAGGAUCCUAUUAUAAUGGCUCAUCCGAAACCACACCAAUUUCCAGAAAGAACGGAUCUUUUUCAAGUUCAUCUGACCAUGAUUCAGUGAGAAUAAGGCGUAACAACAUUUCUACAAGAAUAUCACCAAGAAUUACAACUGAAUUUGUCUAUGAUGAAAGCACAACCUCAAAUUCAUCCCCAAGCACCUCUGGAACUCCGGUGUCAGCUGAUACACUGGCCAAACAAAAUAACACCAAGCCUAACUACAUGAGCCUGACGAAGUCGAUCAAGGCUAAGCAGACACCAUGUGCUUAUUCAUUUCACACUCAGCUUAAGCAGAUGCAUUCGGUUGAGGAAUUGCCGUAUCUAAGGAAACAGAGCCGACUUUCCAAGGGGGUCACAAGAACAAGUGCUGACACUGACCUUCAUUCAGUUGAUUUAUCCCAGGAUCUCUACCAUAACAGAGAUACGGGAUGUUAUGGUGCAGUGAAUAGUCGAGAUUAUUACAAACAGAGCAACAAGUUCUAAUUGUGUAAUCGUGCAAUUUGGAAGGCCUCCCUGAUGAGUUCAACAGCUUGUUGCCAUUUUGGUAGUUCCCUUUUUUCUUCUUUCGGUAAAACUUAAACAUGAGUUUCAAAGUAUAGAAAGAACUGUAACAGAUACUUACUCAUUUGCUGAUCAAAAGCAUAGAGCUGUUGUCAUUAUUGAUUUAGAUACUCAAAUUUAUACUGCGGCAAAGCAUGCCGUGUUUGUGAAUGGUUCAUGUGGCGAAUCAUCUAUGUAUAUUAUCAUACUUUGGAACGAUUCUGCUAGUUUUCUGCAGCCUAUUAAUAAUCAUACCAAAGUAUCCCUUACCUGUGUAAUGAAAUUAUUGGAUUUGCUAGAAUGCUGCAGUUAUGUUGC